AUGUCGACAAGAAAAAGCGCUAGUUCGCUCCUUCCUGGAAGCAACCAAAGCAAAUCCAGCCACCGUUCGGUGCUUCAGGGUACGAAAAAUUUUGUGUGGAACCGCGAGGAGGUGUCGUCUAACCUGCCGUACUACAAUCACAACUAUGAGAUCCCGUUCAAUCGACCCCCGAACGAGGUUAACUUUAUGGGUGGGCUCGGUAGCAAGAAGCCGAACUUCCGCUCGAAGCUGCACCCGCAACGGUUUUCCACCGUUCAGAAGCUGAUGCGUAUGCGAACGUCAAAUCGGAUCUUGGAGACGCUCACGGAGGAUCUGAGGAACGUGAACCUUUGCCGGCAUCGGGGUGAGCAGCAACGGAAGGCUAAGAAUGUGACCGAGUUCAUUAAGAAGAUGACGGACGAGCUGCAGACGGCCGGGAACAUUGAGCAUUCUACUCCGUCGGAUCAGUCGGACGUCCUGCGCAACACCGUCCGGAAGAAGCUCACCAACGAUGACUACAAGGAGAUGAUCAAACGGCUCGAUCGGAUCCUGCUGGAGGACGAUCGCCCGUCGGCCGGCGCGAACGUGUCGUUCCGUGACUGGGCCACCCGGGAGCGGCACAACUUCAAGAACCGCAGCAACAUCGAACUGAUGCGCCGGGAACGGGAGACACUCGAGUCGGAGCUGUGCUCCUCGGUGGACACGCGCUCGCACGAGUUCAUCUCGAACGAGGGCCGCCGGGUGACGAAGAUCCGGCGGGCGACGAAGAUCCCGCACGUCGAGGGCCACAUGUACGGGCCGUUCACGCAGCUGCCGAUCGUGGAUCCGCUGCUGGAGAACGAGACCAAGUUCGGCAUCCCGCUGAGCCUGCUGGUGCGCUCCUACCGCGAGAUGGACACCAAGAAGGAAGGUGAGCGUAACCUAAUCGAUACCCGGCUGUCUCACAUGCGCAUUCCUCUGUGUCCGAAAAGCAGCGACUCGUCCGAGGACGAGGACCAGAUGGAGGAGGUCAAGAUCCUCACCUUCCUUCGGACGCCUUACUUCCCCAUACCGACGAUAAGGCGGCAGAAGAAGCGCCGCAAGGAUCGGCUCCGGAGCCGCUGGCUGCAGAAGAACCGGCUGAAGCGCAUCACGAUGCUGCUGUACGAUCGUUCGCUGGAGAACAUGCGAUCGAGCAGGCGUAAGAAGGGCAAGCGCCAGGCGGACCUCGCGGGAACAUCGCGGGGCUCGAGUGCUAGCGUUCCACCGACGACGGGACGAAGUUCGGCCGAUCGGAAAAGUGCCAGCUCGCUGGAGGAUCGCUCGAGGGUUGCUUUGACCGAGAAGCGGCGUCGCUACUACAACUUCAUCGAGGAAAAGUCAAACCAAUACCGCCGGAAGUACGACGAAAACUUGCAGCAACGGAUGACCACGUUUCAGGACUUCAAAGCGAGCGAAACGGCCUCGGACGAUGGGUGCAUGUCGGAGACGAGCCGGAGGAAGGCGAAACUGCAAGCGUUGCAGCUCGAGGAGCCGAAGCCGGCCCUGGAGAAGCUCGAGCUACGCUUCCCACCGAACCGCUUCAAGAGCCUCUCGAAGAGCGACACCCGAAAAGGGGCGUUCUACAUCGAUCCGGAGUUUUACGACAAGAUGCGAGACUUCAAGAAAUAUAAACAGCGCUCCAAGUACUACACCAGCCUGAUGCGGUCCCGCCCGGACAUUCGCCAGCGGCUGCAGGUGAACGGGCCGGACUUCGAGGAGGAGCAGCUCGGGCCGGGCGAGAAGUACUUCAGCCGGCUGGCGACCGAGUGGGACAACUACUACGUCCACGAGCUUCGCUACCGGCCCCGGACGCGCAAGUUCUGCCCGAAGACGGACAUCCUCAGUAUGCGCGAGCGGCGGCGCAAGGUGUUCCUGCAGUACUUCAUCGAGGAGAACCUGCUGCAACGCCGGGCACGCCAAAGUUUGGAACGUCGGUAUGCGAAUUGGAUUAAAAACUUUUGCAAGCGUAUCAGACCACAGUUUAAAGUUUGGAAGGAAGAGGCGUACUCGAAGCUGGUAUCGGCCACUGACCGGGAAAAGGAAGCGACCCAGAAAACGGCACGGCUUAAGGGCGUCCUGCAAGCUCGUCAAAACAAGAUGGAUUCGGUUACGGAGCGCAUUCUGCUGCUGGAGGAUCGCUGGGCUAGGGUUAUGCAAAUUAGGAACUACUACUACCUUUUGAUGGAUUCACAAUGGCGUUUGAAGAAUGAUUUCUUCCAUCGUGCUGAUGACGGUUCACUUCUUUCGGUUUCUGACAGCAUUCAAAACUGUAAAUCAUUGUUCAUACGCACCGAGGGCAACAAUAUCGCGACGGAAAUAGCGGACUUCUACGUGUCGAAAACAUUUCCCGCUCUGGAACGGCUGCCGAGUUGUGAACCGGACGCGGAGUUGUUGAAACGGGGCCUGAUACAGCUGAACCUGCGUACGAUCGACCUGAUCAGCAAGUACAACCAGAAGCUGAUGGUGUUCAGCAAGAUAGACUACCACUACAAGGACGUGCUGGAGCAGUUUCCCAAGUACUUCACCAGCCACUACGACACGCUGAAUCUGUACAACGCCAAAAUGGAAUCGGUCCAGAGUAAAAACGAACAGCUGAAGGCGCAGUACUACGAUCUGCUGGGAGAACCGUUGAAAGAUUGCGUCUACAACAAAAUCAUGCGCAUCAUCACAUCCGCGAUUGGUCAACUGUAUUUGUUCAUACGCAAGCUGCAGCAUCGCCAGGUGGAGAUCGUUGAGAUCAGCGCCAAAAGCAAACUUUCGGCAAUACAUCAGCACAUUAUGGAUUUACUUUCGUUGCUGGAUCAACUUCCAAUGGAUGUUCUAAAAGUGGCCGAAAAGGAGGCUCGAAAAAAUCGUAAAACUCUGUUCCGGGAAGCGCACGGAGCUUACAAGCGUAAGAUGGUACUCGACCUGCUGCGGAAACAACUUCGUUUCCAUGUUAAAAAGUAA